ACAAAGCGCACUUCGUGCAUUCGCCCACGUAAAUUAGUUUUUCACUCAUUUGAAUUUUUAUUGAGCUUUGCGGAGCCGCAUUAGAAACCACAAAUCGUCAUUCUCGAUUUUUGCCCAACGCAAAUAUCCAAAAUCGCGAUUUGUGGUUUCAUAUGCGAACUCCAAAGGUUUAAUUGAAAUAAAUUUAGAUUUUUUCUUCUAAAUUUUCGCUUGCAAUAAAGUGACUCCGAGGAAUUUCUCAAAUUCAGUUUAAAGUGCGGUUACUUUGAAACACACAACUGGAACCACAGCCAAGGACGGGCAUUGAAUAAUUCGAAGUUGAGCAGCAGCCGCCUUUAAAAUAGCAUGGAUGUGAACGAAUACCGACGACGGGUUACAUUAAAUGGUGUGAAUGUAAAAUUGCUUAGGAGCAGCUAGGAAAAGAGUUUGCACACAAACCCCCAUUAACUACUUGUAAGUCCGCUCUGUGGGUGUUCAUAUAUAAAAAAUGCAUUUACUGCAUCAACAUUCGGAAGACACAGCUAGCGCAGCAGCAGAUCCCGUUAGUCCAAUUUUAUUCGCAUAUAAAUUUCAACUUAAUUUAAUUUGCCAAUCCUUCGGAAAAUGCAAUAAAAAUAACAAUAACAUAUGUACAGUGUGAAAACCAAUGGAAAUCAAAAUGUACGUGUGUGUGUGUGGGUGUUUGUGUCAGCUUUGCGUCUCAUGUAAAAUCAUUUGGACAUUUGCAUUCCAUAGUCUAAACUUUUCGUUUCGCUCGCACAUAAUCAGAUUUUCAGAAUUUCUUCUGACAUUUGGUUUGCCUUCUCCACUUUUCCACUUUCACCCAUCCCUUGUCGCUCGGUUCGGUUUUGCUUUGCAUUCUGUCUUGUUAGCCAGUUUAGCGAAAAGUACGUUUCAGCAUUUUUUGAUUUUUUCCGCUUUUAUCCCUUUCGCAGCAAUUCGCAUUGUCCAACAUUUAUUUUGAAAUACGACUGAAACCCCAUGAAUCAUUGCGAAAUUUAAACUCAAUGCAAAUAAGCUGACUCUUUACAACGUCAUAUGACUAAUGGAAUAAAGUGAAAGUAUCUCUUUUUUGUUUAAUCUUAAUUUUUUGAUUUGUUAAGCGCGCAUUACUAUGCAGUGCGAGCUCGUUUAUAAAGUCUUUAAAUGUUGUUGUGAAAUGCCAGCAUUAAACGUACCCCAUAAAUCUUCUUUGGAGUGCCACUUUUUAAGGUCCGAGCUCACAUAUAUUAUAAAAAAUUAAGCAAAGUAAUUGUAUUAGCAUAUACGAAAUAUGGCAUAUUUGAGAAAAAAUCGAAAAUUCUACAGUGUAGGUCCUUGUGAGUCAAAAGCUUAGAUAUUCAACAAAUUUGUGGCAGACUAUAAACGCUUUGUUGAUUUUGAAAGUUUUUUCGUUCAAUACUGAGAAGUGUACAUAUUUAAAUAUCACAAUAGACCUGCGUUCUCAGCUGUUCAAGUAGAAUCCGUUUUUGAACGCUAAACAUUUACUUAAAAGUAGAAGUUCGUGAGAUCCCUCUCUGCCGACCUAUUGAUUUAUUAAAUAAAUAUAAUGUUCAACUUUUAAAAAGUAGAUCGCACAAUCUCAGAGCAAUUUUAUGAAACUUGAGAGUCGAUGUCUGGGAAGCCAGCUUACUUAAAAUCAAAUUCGUCACAAAUAAUUGUCACAUGACUAAAAAAAUAAAGAUUUACUUUCUAAAGAUAAAAAUCAAGCGUAUGACAUUCUCAUUCGACUUACGUUCUAAUCAAACGUUAUUAACUUUGAUUUUAUAUAUUUUUUUAAAAACACCAAUUCGUUGUAUUCUUGUCAGGCAAAGAGAUGGUGGACUAUAUUGCCGAUUAUUUAGAAAACAUUCGUGAUCGUCGCGUGUUUCCCGAUGUCAAACCCGGUUACAUGCGCGGUCUGUUGCCCGAGUUUGCACCGGUCGAAGGUGAAAAUUGGGAUGCCAUAUUCGCCGAUGUGGAACGCGUCAUUAUGCCAGGCAUAACACAUUGGCAAAGUCCACACAUGCAUGCUUACUUUCCAGCGCUGAAUUCAUUUCCUUCACUUCUCGGCGAUAUGUUAGCCGAUGCGAUUAACUGUUUAGGUUUCACUUGGGCCAGUUCACCCGCUUGCACGGAACUCGAAGUGAUUGUGAUGAAUUGGUUGGGCAAAAUGAUUGGCUUGCCAGAUGAUUUCUUGCAUUUGCAUAAUAAAAGUCCAGGCGGUGGUGUCAUACAGACGACGGCAAGUGAAGCUACACUGGUGUGUCUGCUGGCGGGACGCACGCGAGCCAUACAACGCUUUCACGAACGUCAUCCCGGCUUUCAGGAUGCGGAAAUCAAUGCGCGACUAGUUGCCUAUUGUUCUGAUCAGGCACACUCAAGCGUGGAGAAGGCAGCGCUAAUAGGGCUUGUACGUAUGCGUUUCAUUGAGGCCGACGACAGCUUGGCGAUGCGUGGCAAGGCGUUGCGCGAGGCCAUCGAGGAUGAUAUUAAGCAAGGACUCGUGCCGUUUUGGGUUUGCGCCACGUUGGGUACCACAGGUUCCUGUUCCUUCGACAAUUUGGAAGAGAUUGGCAUAGUGUGUCGCGAUUUCAAUAUUUGGCUCCAUGUCGAUAGCGCUUACGCAGGUAGCGCUUUUAUUUGCCCUGAAUUCCGCACCUGGCUGCGUGGCAUUGAGAAAGCAGAUUCGAUUGCGUUCAAUCCAUCUAAGUGGCUCAUGGUGCAUUUUGACGCGACGGCAUUAUGGAUUAAGGACAGCACCGCCGUGCAUCGCACCUUCAAUGUGGAACCACUUUACUUACAGCAUGAAAACUCGGGUGUCUCCAUUGAUUACAUGCAUUGGCAGAUACCAUUAAGUAGACGCUUUCGCGCUUUGAAAGUUUUCUUCGUAUUGCGUUCGUUCGGCAUUAAAGGUCUGCAAAAGCACAUACGCGAAGGUGUACGAUUGGCGCAAAAGUUCGAAGCGCUUGUAUUGGCCGACCACCGUUUCGAGAUACCAGCUAAACGGCACUUGGGCAUGGUGGUGUUUCGCAUUAAAGGUGACAAUGAGAUUACCGAACGUCUCUUGAAGCGUCUCAAUCAUCGCGGUAAUCUGCAUUGUAUACCAUCCUCUUUGAAAGGCAAAUAUGUCAUACGGUUCACGGUGACCUCUACGAAUACAACUGUUGACGAUAUUGUUAAGGAUUGGAAUGAGAUAAGACGCGUGGCGUCCAUGAUACUUGAUGAAAUGAAUAUUACAAUAUCGAGUAGAAAUAAAGUUUACCUAAAAGAUACCAAGGAUAAAAGCGAAGCUUUCGGCUCCAGUCUAUUGCUCUCAAACUCACCACUCUCUCCCAAAAUCGUCAACGGUUCUUUUGCGGCAAUAUUUGACGCCGACGAAUUUUUGGCUAAAACCUAUGCUGGCGUACGUAUUGCUCACCAAGAAUCACCAUCGAUGCGGCGACGAGUGCGCGGUAUUCUUAUGUCUGGCAAGCAAUUCUCACUAGACUCCCAUAUGGAUGUGGUUGUGCAGAACUCUUUCGAUUCGGGUACAAAUAAUUCUAGCACCGAAGCAAAUGGCACUACAACACCAGUUAAAAAGAAUAAAAAUCCAAGCUCGAUAUGCGAAGAUAGUGAAGAGUCCGCGGAAGAUUAUCCAACGGUUAAACGUACCGCAACGCCGCCCGCCUUCUCCACGAUGAAGAUCGCGGCUGAAUAUCUGAGCCAAAAUUUGAUCUUUUCUACAAAGAACCUCGCAUCGCCACGUCGCAAAAGCACCGCCACGCAAACACCGCAACAUCACUACAAACCAUUGCAUGCCACCUUAGAUGAAGUCUCCGAUGAGACAUCCGAGGACUUGCUGUCGGAAAAAAGUGUACUGGAUAGCGCGAAUGUGCAGCUGGUGGCCGCAAAAUGCAAACUGCUCUUGGCAAACACACUACCAACACUUGCCACAACCUCCUCCACGGCGCCUGCCUCGCUGCGCACAACGCCAUCACCGCCUUUGUUAGUACCGCCUCAACAGCGCGCAGGCAAUAAUAAUUUCACACAGCAAAUGCAAGCGAUUAGUAACGCGGCAAGCGUUUCAACGCGCACGAUAAUUCGCGCCAAUACAAUGCAAGAGAUCUAUCAUGGUAAGCGUUACCUCGACACGGGCUUGGCUGUGGGUCCCUCUAACAAUUACUUCUCCAAUACUAUAAUCAAUGCAAACACGCCGAGCGGCGGCACCACACCGACUACACCAAGCGCCGAAACACCGGACGCUGAGUCGCAAUGGAGCGCGCUAUUUCACAGUUUCGAUACCGCGCCCGCACCUACAGUGCGCGGUGUGAGCUAUUUGAGCGGUCGUCUUCUCAAUAUGGAUAGCUUUUCGGCGCGCUCCACUUCAACGCUACCAAGUAUUGACGAAAGCGCUUCCGAAUGCAUGUCCAUCUCUUCGACGUCCACGCCUGCUGACACAUUCAGUAUGUCUGCGCAAUUGUUUUCGAAUCGGCACAAUGUAACACGAUUUUACAGCGCACCUAACGCGCGGCCGGGAGCGCAGGUGUUAGCGACACCAGCGACAAUGACAAGCACGUUGGCGUCGUUUUCGUUAAACGCAGCGACACUUUCCGAGGACGAGGCAGACGCGGAUGCGUGGCAAGUGGCGCGUUGUGGCAGUUCCGAGGACUAUUCCAUCACUUCAUCGGGUGCACAAUCGCGUUCUUCGUCGUUAGAUCUGGUUUGAUUUUGGCUGAAAGUGAGCUAAUGUGAUAGUUGAGGUGAGUAUGUAUACAUACAUACAGUGGUUGUUAGGGUUUUAGUUUAUGAUGAGCUGGGUCUCAGUUUGAGAUGAAAAUAUAGAAGCAAAGUAAUAUAUAAUAUAUAAUAUAACGGAAACUCUAAUGGUAUGGAACGAAUUUGGAAAACUAGACACUAAAGCUAAUGAAUUACAUGGAAUUUGCAAAUAUACAUACGUACUAUAUUCAAGAUUUACUAUAAAGAGAUAUGAAAAAAUUUUAAAUAAAAAGGUAUAAAAUGUUAGAUUAUUAGUAAAGCCUUAUAUUUUUUGUUUAUAUUUUAAUUACGUUGAUUUUAUACAUUUUACAAAAAUAUUUCUUUAAAUAAUUGCAAUUUAUUUAAAAAAAUAUUUUUAAAAAAUCUUUCAACAUAAAAAUUAUUUUGUUAAUUUUUUGUUUCCUUUUUAUUUAUAAUUUAUUUGCUAUUUCGGCAUAACUUGCAAGAAUGUUUUCAAAGUAGCAUUUUUUUUUAAAUUUUUAAAAUAUAUUUUUAUGAUUUUUAAAUAUUUUUUACCAUUUUUAAAUAUUUUUUUUAUUUAUUUUUAUAUUAUUAUCUAUGUCUGUAUUUUAGUUAUUUUCUUAUAUUUUAUUUUUUCUUCCAAAUAAAAUUGGUAAAAAAAAGAAUAUGAAAAAAUUAAUAUUUCCUAAAAAGUAGCGUUCUUCUGCUGUGCUAGCAAUAAAUAGUGCAUAAAAAUCUACUAGAAACGUAGCAAAAAUCCAAAAAAAUAUAAACGUAUUUAAUUAUUAAAUCUAUACUUACAUAUAUACUAUAUCUUCUUUAUUAUAUAAGCAUAUAAAGCAAACUCCAAAAAUACAUAUAUAUAUAUAUGUUGGGGAAAUUAAAAAAAAAACCAAAGUAAAUUGAAUAUAAAAAAGUAUUUAAUAUGGUUCGGAUAAAAUAAAUGUGCGUUGGACUUACUACUGAAAGGAGAAAAUGCAAGCUUGCUCACUUACUAUAUCUUACUUUAGCCAAAUAUGUUACCAUCUUAUUGAAGAUGCUAUAUAAUAUAACCAAAAAUACAUAAAUAUAACCAAAUAUUAUCUAUAUUAUCUAUAUCAAGUAUAUCUUACUCAAUUGUUGGGGUGUGUCCCCCCCAAAAGUUAUUAACAUAUAUGAAAAUCACUGACUAAUAAUGAACAAUUUUUCUUGCAACCAACAACUUAGCCAAUGCGAACACUGAGAAUAAGUCUAGAAUUAAGGGGAACAAUAUAUAUUAUACGUAUUAAUCAAAAUAUUUAUGCUUGCUAUGAUUAUAACCAAAUAUAAAUAAAUUAUAUAUAUAUAUAUAUAUGUAAAUUAAAAUAUAUAAGAAUAGUCUGCAUGCUGCAUACAUAUGUGCGCUAGGCAGAGUUGUAGAUCGUACGAGUUAUAUUUACAUAAAUUCAUAAACGAACAUAAAAACUUAUAAAAAAAAAGAUAAAAUGUGUAAUGAAAAUGUUGGAAUUGUGGAUGGAAAACUCGGAAGUUAAGCUUAUAGGUACAUAGUUAAAGAAAGCUAAAGGAGAAGAAGAGCGAGUAAUAAAAUAUUAAAAUAAUGCUUAAAUAUUUAAAAACCAAAGCAAAAAAUACAA